AGGAGAGAUGUCGUACUACAACUCCCGCAGCUCAUCUCGGGCCACCGACUGUAAAGUGUACGUUGGUGAUUUGGGCAAUGGUGCUGCCAAGGGGGAGCUGGAGCGAGCGUUCAGUUAUUAUGGCCCACUGAGGACCGUCUGGGUGGCCAGGAACCCACCUGGGUUUGCCUUUGUGGAGUUUGAGGAUCCCAGAGAUGCAGAAGAUGCUGUUAAAGGCAUGGAUGGAAAGCUCCUUUGUGGUUCCCGAGUUCGUGUGGAGAUGUCAACAGGCCUCUCCAGGAAGGGCCGUGGGCGCCCCAGCCGACGCCAAUUCGACCCCAAUGAUCGGUGUUACCAGUGUGGGGACCGGGGCCACUAUGCCUAUGACUGCUACCGCUUUAGCAAGAGAGGAGGCCGUCGCAGCAGGUCUCGCUCUCGUUCUCGCUCGCGCUCCAGGUCCAGGUCCCGUGGGCGCCGUUAUCGCUCUCGCUCCCGCAGCCGUAGCCACAGCAGGAGCCGUCGCCGAUCUCCAUCCUAUUCCAGACGUGGAGCCAGAUCUGGAUCCCCGGCCCGAUCCAAGUCCAGGACUCCAGUGAGAAGUCGUUCCAGAUCUCGUUCUCGGUCUGGCUCAGCUCCCAGAGGACGCUCUGUCUCCCGAUCCCGCUCACGAUCUCAGUCAGCCAAUCACAAGAGGAACAGUCGUUCCCGUUCAGCAAGUCCACACCGGAGCCCUACGCCAGCCGACGACUGAAGAAGAAGACUUAUUAGUUCGUUACAGACAGACCCUGAACCCCCCGCAUCCUGUCUGCUUUUACAGCCCUACAGCAGCUUUUUCUUUCUUGUGCUUGUCUGUCUAGUCCCCGUCUUUUUUAGGUUUGAUUUUCUCCCCAGGACUGUUGCGUUCAUGCAGCCUCGGAAUGUUGAAGACAGUUUAGCACACAAAAAUCAGUUUAAGUGCUGCGUCUUUCCGCUCUGGAUUCUAGCAAGUGUAAGAAGCCGCAGUCUGAAUGUCGACUUUUAGCAGUGAUAUGAGCAAUUUGUGCAGUGAAUUUUCAAUGGAUAAUAGCCCAAUUGAUGCAGUUUUGAGAGUGAAGACAUUAAAUAACUGAUUUUAUUCUCUAAAAUUUCUAAAUCAAAAUAUUUUCCCCAUUGAGAAUCAUUAAAUGAUCUUUUGUACAGCUCUUCAAUUUGAUUUAACGCUUCCCCUGAUGUUGGUAUAAGGACAUAGUUGCUGGCCCGCAUGCCUUUACAUAGGAUGUCACAUUCCUCUUGUCUGUUGUUUCUGUGCUGCACUGUCCCCUUUUAUGAACCUGGUUACCUUCACUGUGUGCUGAACAUGUUUUUCCCCAAGUGUUGAUUUGUUCCAGUGUGUUUUAAUUUUAAAAUAUAUACAGUGCUGAAGUUUGAUUUCUGUAAGGGCUCCUCUAACAGUUUUGAUGUGUUCCUGGCUUAUAUGGUAAGACAGCGGCAGUUUUAUUUUUGAAUAAACCUCAACAAAUCACA